AUGACAAGUCCUCUGCGAUCGAAAACCAAGAAGAAAAAAGCGAUUCGACGAGUAUCGAAGAGUCCUCAGCGUAGAUAUUCUCCAGAACGUGUUCGAACAUCAAUUCAAGUAGAUUUUCAAGAAUUCGCUUAUUCCGAUCCAGUUGAUUCUUCCCGAUCGUUGCUGCCAAAUGUACUAUUCGAACGACAUGAUCAAGAUACUUUGUCCGAACAAGCGACUAAAUUAUUCAAUUCUACGGUUGUGUUCGAUGAAACUGAACGUGCAUGGUUACUUGAGAAUAUGUGUAGCACAACAAUUUCAAUCAAAGUUGAUCAUCUUGUAUUUUCUAUCAAUGGCAAUUACGCACUAAAAGAAAAUCAACAAACUGUUCUUUUUCUCCAUGGCUUCGGUGCCGGUCGAAAUUGGGCAAAUUGGUUGAAGUUAGCUUAUCCACUGAGUCAACAAGGUCGAUAUUCAACGAUUUUCGUUGAUUUACCCGGCUUUGGUCAAUCAAGUGGCCGAAGUUUAGAUCAAGCAAGUUGGAAACGUUACGGUCCUGAAAUUCUCGUUGCUAUUGUCUCGAGUUUUCAUCUACACCAUUCGAUUUAUGUUGUUGCUCAAUGCGGCAAGUAUAAAAAGAUAAUCUUCUACAUAUCAUCGAACUGUUCUUUGUACACAGGUGGAGCAGCAACAACUGUACGUACAAUUAAUCGAUAUCCUCAAUGGUUUCGCAAUCGUAAUCUUAUCUUUUGUAAUUCGGUCAUUGGUGAUUUCGGCGAAGAGAAAGUUGGAGACUUCGAGAUAACUCUGACGCGGUUCAAUAUCUAUAUCGUGGUUUUCUGGACUCCAGAUGAGGAUCAUACCAAAUACUGCGUGGCAUACAAACGUUGGAAUCGAUUACGAGCAUCGAGUUUUCGUAAUUUACAAUUGAUUGACCUUGAUCCGAAAACUCAAACUAAGAAACUUCAUUAUCCUUUGGUGUCAGUUGCACAAAUGAGCCGUUGUCCACUGAAAAACAAAGCUCUCGUCUAUAAACUCAGUGAUGAAUAUAUUCAGCAAAUUAUUGAUAUUCUCGAUCGAAAAUAA